AUGAAUCAAAUGAAGGAAGAUGAAUCAGUCUCAAAAUACUUUUUAUUUGUGGUGCUGGUAACAAACCAUAUGAAGGCGUGUGGCGAAUCAAUCAACAAUUUACAGAAGAUUGAGAAAGUGUUGAGAUCUAUGACUGUAAAUUUUGUUUACAUUAUAGUGUCAAUCGAAGAGUCCAAGAACCCAGCUGAGAUGAAGUUAGAAGAACUUCAAGCUUCAUUACAGGCUCAUGAGAUGAGGCUGGAGCAGAGGAACUCAAAAAGGGAAAAGGUGGUUGAGAAGGCACUACAAGCAAAAUUCAUUAAGAAGUCUGGAAAAGAGAAGGUGAACCAAAGAAAGAAUCUUGAUAGUGAUGAAAAGUCAAGUAAGAGUUCAAAGAAUUAUUCUGAUUCAACCAAGAAAGACAUGGGCAACAAGUAUUCGAGGAAGAAAGUUGACAUGAAGAAGGUGCAGUGUUACAAAUGUCAAGAAUUUUAUAAUUAUGCUCGAGUAUGUCGUAGAAAGAAAAAAGUAAGAGCAAAAGAUAAUUAUGACAUGCAAUAUGCAUACAUUGAAGAUAGUGAUUCUGAUCAUGUGAUACUAAUGGUAAAUACUCAGUCGACCAAUGAGAAAACCAACACGCGGUACUUAGAUUCGGGAUGCUGUAACCACAUGACUGAAAAUAAAACCUGGUUCACCAAGUUAGAUGCAUAA